AUGGAGGCCUGCCAUCGCGCAAGCAUGCUGCCGCCACUUGGGACUACGUGCGGUUCCCAUUCCAAGUCUGGUCUGGUUGGCUUUGACAUCGCGACUCAGAUACUUUCAAUGGUCAGAACUUUCCAACGUUCAGAUGGUCAAUUCAUAAGACGUGAAACAAGGGAACUAGGAGAUCCCCGAGACCCACGCGCCCACACUUUUCUCUGGGAACCUCUGGUCCCCUGUUUUCUUACUUUACCGUUUUCUCAAAUGGAAACCAUUUCAAACAUGUGA